AGGCCGCUCGCUGCUCCUGCAACCCUCGCUCGCGGCGUUGACAGCCACCCUCACGGAGCCGCAGCAGCUCUGGGCUCGGACAAUUUGAAAGUACAAUAGUUGUUUUCCCAGUUCACUCGACCAGCAAGCCUAUCGGAUUUAAGUGGAGAAGUCCGCUGCUUGUGUUCUCUCUCUUGCUCGCUCGCUUAUAAACGCCUAACACCUACAUAUAUUUCUAAAACAUUCAAUAUAAUUAACAAUCAAAAGAAAAAGGAGAAAAGGAAGGGAAAUAUUACUGGGUUACUAUGCACUUGCGACUGAUUCCUUGGUUUUUUAUCAUUUUGAACUCUAUGGAAUACAUCGGCAGCCAAAACGCCUCCCGGGGAAGGCGCCAGCGAAGAAUGCAUCCUAAUGUCAGUCAAGGCUGCCAAGGAGGCUGUGCUACGUGUUCAGAUUACAACGGAUGUUUGUCAUGUAAGCCCAGACUAUUUUUUGUUCUGGAAAGAAUUGGCAUGAAGCAGAUUGGAGUGUGUCUCUCUUCAUGUCCAAGUGGAUAUUAUGGAACUCGAUAUCCAGAUAUAAAUAAGUGUACAAAAUGCAAAGCUGACUGUGAUACCUGUUUCAACAAAAAUUUCUGCACAAAGUGUAAAAGUGGGUUUUAUUUACACCUUGGAAAGUGCCUUGAAAAUUGCCCAGAAGGGUUGGAAACCAACAACCAUACCAUGGAGUGCAUCAGUAUUGUGCACUGUGAGGCCAGUGAGUGGAGUCCUUGGAGUUCAUGCAUGAAGAAAGGAAAAACAUGUGGCUUCAAAAGAGGAACUGAAACCCGGGUCCGAGAAAUAAUACAGCAUCCGUCAGCAAAGGGCAAUCUGUGCCCCCCCACCAGUGAGACAAGAAAGUGUACAGUGCAAAAAAAGAAGUGUCAAAAGGGAGAACGAGGGAAAAAAGGAAGGGAAAAGAAAAGAAAAAAACUUAAUAAAGAAGAAAGUAAGGAUGCUAUACCUGAUAACAAGGGUUUGGAACCCAGCAGAGAAACUCCAGAACAACGAGAAAACAAAGACAAACAGCAGCAGAAGAAGCGGAAGGUUCAAGAUAAGCAACAGAAAUCGGUAUCAGUCAGCACUGUACACUAGAGGGUCCCGUGGGAUUUUGUAGACUCAUGAUGCUGCUAUCUCAACCAGAUGCCCAGGACAGGUGCUCUAGCCAUUAGGACCAGAAAUGGACAACAUGUCAGCUAUUGCUCAGUCCAAACAACAUUCCAAAUAGUUGCUAUAAUCUUCAUACAAGCAUAGUUAACAACAAAGAACCAAACAUUCAAAGAAGGGAUGCUUUCGAAUGGUUAUCGUAUGUGCUUCUGUGCAUUUUUAAAAGACAAGAAAUUUUGUACAUAAUUACCAGUAGGCUAUAAGAUGUAACAACAUAAUGAUAACAUCUAGAGAAGCAACAUCUCUUCCCUCUGAAACAUUUUUUUCAAGCUAUUUUUUAAGGAGCAAAAGAUAACUCUGUCAUUUAAAGAUUCAGUAUCCCUUCAAAACAAAUAAGACAUCAGGGGAGAGAAACAUCUUUCAAAGGAUGGUGUUGUUUUGCCUGGGAGAUCUAGAGAGUGCUCAGACAUUAGGGCCUGGCAUUUGGAAUCAUAGGAAUGAUCAUCACAGAAACAACGGUUUUAAGAUCGGUUCUGUUGCCCUCAUCCUGUCCUCCCCAAGAAGCAUGAGCGUGCACACCAGAGUUAAACAUACUGUAUGGGAUUGGAGAAAGGCAAAAAGUGGAAGAAACCAUAGAGUGGGAGAUGAUUUUUGUGCUUUACAAAGCUGUGAAGGGUUGUGAUUACCUGGAACACGUCUCCAGUCUAUGUCAGCACUGUGUGGUUCAGCCUCUGCUACCCCUUGGGUUAUAUAAAUCUGUAAACAUGUACCUGUAACGUACUUCCAAAAAAAUCAUACUUAUUAGAAGAAAAUUCUGAUUUCAUAGAAAACAAAAACUAGAGCAAAGUGAUAUAACAUGUUUGCGUGUUUUCUUUUGCAAGGAGGGAAGAACAAUUUUAUUACCUGCUUUUGGUCCACCUGGAACUAAAAGGGACACUACUUUCUAACAAGGUGUAUCUAGUAGGGGAAAGCCACCACAAUAAAUAUAUUUGUUGAUAGUUUUU